AUGCAGCGUUCUGAAUCUUUAGAUAGUCAAUUUGAAACAAUGCAGCAUUCUGAAUCUUUAGAUAGUCAAUCUGAAACAAUGCAGCAUUCUGAAUCUUUAGAUAGUCAACUUUCUGAUUCUUCUGCCACUAAUAAUACACCAUCCCAAAAAA